AUGACAGCCUCCGUGCUCCUCCACCCCCGCUGGAUCGAGCCCGUCAUGUUCCUCUACGACAACAGCCUGGAUGAGAUCAAUAAGAACAUGGACGGGUUUCACGCCGGCAGCAACUUCGCGGCGGCGGCGGCGGCCAACCCCUGCCGCAACCUGAUGGCUCACCCCGCGCCCCUGGCCGCCCCCAGCGCCGCCGCCUACACCUCCAGCGAGGCCCCCGCCGCCGGCAUGGCCGAGCCCGCUGUCAAGCAGUGCAGCCCCUGCUCGGCCGCCGUGCAGAGCUCCUCCGGCGCCGCGCUGCCCUACGGCUACUUCGGCAGCGGCUACUACCCCUGUCGCAUGACCCACCACAACGCCAUCAAGUCCUGCGCCCAGCCCGCCUCCACCUUCGCCGACAAGUACAUGGACACCUCGGUGUCCGGCGAGGAGUUCACGUCGCGGGCCAAGGAGUUCGCCUUCUACCAGGGCUACGCGGCCGGGCCCUACCAGCCGGUGCCCGGUUAUCUGGAUAUGCCCGUGGUGCCCGCCAUCGGCGGCCCCGGCGAGCCGCGCCACGACCCCCUUCUCCCCAUGGACAGCUACCAGCCUUGGGCCAUUACGAACGGGUGGAACGGGCAAGUGUACUGCCCCAAGGAGCAGAGCCAGCCGCCUCACCUCUGGAAAUCCACCCUCCCGGACGUCGUUUCUCAUCCCUCGGAUGCGAACUCGUACAGACGUGGAAGAAAGAAACGAGUGCCUUACACAAAGGUCCAGUUAAAAGAACUCGAAAGGGAAUAUGCUACAAAUAAAUUCAUAACCAAAGACAAGAGGAGGAGGAUAUCGGCGACUACAAAUCUAUCAGAAAGACAGGUCACAAUCUGGUUCCAAAACAGAAGGGUCAAAGAGAAAAAAGUGAUCAACAAAUUGAAGACUACCAGUUAAUGGAUUAAAAAUGGAGAAGCAGCAAUUCAAGAGUUUCAGAACUUUUUUUUUUCUUUUUUUUUGUGUGUGUGUUCAGAUUAAAAUAAUUAUUAAUAAUAAUUAAAAAGAGAAAAGACAAUGAACCUCUUCUUUCAGAACAAGAGAUCUGUAUCUUUGGAAUUAUAGCAGCCUUUCUUUCCUAUUCUUUUGUUUUCUUUUUUUUUUUUUUUUUAUAAUAUUGCUGUAGCAAAAUGGUGAAAACUGACCGUUCUCCUGAAAUCCCAAACAGCCAGCCAGUAUCACUGACAGACUGUACAGCCCACACGCCCAGCUCCAAGAGAUACACUUUCAAUUAAGACAAGAUUUUCUGAGAAACUUGUAAAUAUUUCUAAGACCUUACCAUUUGAAAGAAGAUCCUUCGUGGCCACGAUGCGAGAGCUGGCUAACGUGAGGAGUUCGAUGUGGACACAUGAUCUGGUUUUCUUCUAUUGCAAUCCAAACUGUAUGUUGAAUGACUGCUCAGGUAAACCAUAGUGAAAAAAAUUACAA